CGCACGACAAAAAACGUCGCGUUGCGUCGCGUCGACGGCACAGCCCGGGAACAGGAAACCCAAUGUUCUUCGCAAAGCGCUGGCUCCCAGCGGUUCUGGCCGUCGAUCUCGUGUCCCGUUCGUUGUCCCUGGUGGGCAGGACGGCGGCUCCGGGUUGCAUUCGCGCUUUUCCACAGCCAACACAAACCACACCGCUGGGAGCCUCGGUGCUAGAUCUGUUUCGGGUCCUGGAAGAGGAGGAAGAGGAGGCGUCCAAGAACAAAAAGAACUCUCGAUCGAAAGCCGGUGCCGCUCUGGAAAUGCGAGAGCCCAAGCCAUUUCGAAUGGAGUUUGAGGAGGAAUAUGGCGAGGACGAGGAAGUGUUUGAGAUGACCGACGAGGACAACGAAGAUGAAGACAGCAAUGAGGGCUACCAGGAAAACGAAAACGAAAACGAAAACGACAAUGACAACGAUGGAAAUGACGAGUACGUGGUUUCGGACGCAGAGGCGCUCCUCGCAUGCUGGUCUUUCCUGAAGCGACGGAAGAAGAUCGGACAAUGGAACGAACACGAAGAGCGCAAGGCACAGAAGGCCCUCUCGCGGAAUUACUUUCUAACGGACGAGGAAGUCGGCGAGGAGCUGCUCAGCGAGAUUAUGUUUGACGAGGACGACGACGACGAGGAGGACGACGACCAAACGUCCCGAAGCGACAAAGAAACUGACAACGAUGAGGAUGCGACGGAUUCCGAUGUCUAUGGAGGCGAUGCCUUUGCUUCUAUGGCUACGGUCCAGGAUCUUCUUUCGGCGAGCAACCCGCUAGAUGAGGAUCACGGAGUCGUCGGAGAUAUCGACGACUACGGUGUUUCCACCGACCUAAAGUUCCUUUCCGAUCUCGUUGCGAACAAGGCUAGCACCGAGGGGAGCGGCACCAAAACUAGAGGCGGUCGUGCCAACGACGACAUCGAUUUGUCGCACACGGAAUUCACUUCCUUUCCCACCGAACCCUCGGAGACCCGGCUGCGGAGAGUGGACGCCAUGAAGAAGCGGUGGGAAGACCCGUCCUACCGCGAAAAGUGGUACCAGACGCGCUGGGGCGGAGAUCGCAAGAGAAAGAGGGAAUCCCAGUCCCUCCGGGAGCGAACGGCCAUCCAGAGGGCGAGGGAACUCCCGUCCGGAUUCUUGGGAUCGGACGAGCUGGCGUCCAUGACGGAGGAAGACAUUGCCGACGCCAUUCGAGAUCGGGUCGAGUCGACCCGCAAACGGGUGGCCAACAGAAAGGAAACCAUCGAGGGGCGCAGGGACACGCUGGAGGCACAGAUGAAGGCCCUCCUACGGGCCGCAGCGGAGGAAGCCGAAGCCGGCGUAGGCAACGACGAGUCGGAGCUCCGCGGUCUCUCGCGCGACGCUCUCUUCGACACCGAUCCGAAAGAGCUGGAGGAGGCGAAGCGGAAACGAUCCGAGCGGGCCAAAAAGCUGUACGCGACCCGUCGGAAAAACCAAGAGGCCAGGAAGAACACGGAACGAGCCGAAAAGGAAGAAGCUUCCUCGUUGUCCUCGUUGCCACGGUCCCCCUCUUCGCUGCAGAAAAAAACGAGUCCCCGUGGCAAGGGCCCGUACUACCCACCCAAGCAGCGAACACCCCGGGACGCCUUUCUGAGGAUCGAAAACGACCUGGACCGCGGGGCAGCUCCUUCGGAAGACGACGUUCGUCUCGUUCUGGUGCCCGGGAAAAUGAAGAACCGAAAACCCCUUCUGGGCAGGAUACUAAGGGACGAGUUCGGCCUGAGGGGAAAGUGUGUGCCGCCGAUCGCGAGCGAAGAUUCAGAAGAAGACGACAAUUUCGGCGACCUAGAGUUUGUGCAGCGCUGCACCAUCGAACGACUCGGGGCCUUCAUUCUCUGUUUGCUGAAAAAAGACAAGAAAUCGGGAAAGGACAACGCAAUCGUAACAUAGUAGUAUAGUACGGUAAUAUUUUAGUUAAUAAUUCACUGUAGCUCGU